AUGGCCGUGACUUGUUCCAUGAUUGAGGCCGGCUUUCGGGCGUUGCCUCACGAGUUAGAAAUCGGGCAACAUUUCGAUAUACUAUCGCCCAUGGGAUUUUUCUUGGCGUUGCUGGCUCUGCUGAAGGUGGCGCGCGGCGGCGGCAUGCUUGCAGCGCCCGUGUGCUCGUCAUGGGGGUACAUGACAAGGGGGGGCACUUGCAGGACCCAUGGGUUUCCGCAUGGUGACGAGCGCGUGCGAGCCGUCGCCGACGCCAACGUGAUGGUCGCCAGGGUGUGCCUCCUGUGCUACGUCGCAGCGGCCCGGGGGAUUCUUUUUAUAGUCGAACAGCCCGUGGGGUCGCGUUUAGAACUUCACAAGUGGUUCCAAAAGCUAUCCCGCGAUCUCACGCUGUGGAGGCACACUAUUCACAUGCAUCAUUUUGGGGGCGCGCGCUAUAAGCCGACGUGGCUCUAUUGCAAUGAGCGGCUUAUCGAGGACCUUUCAAAGUAUUCGCUGCGAAGCUUCGUGGAUGAAAGCCCCGCUACCCCGCUGGUCCACACGUGGUACGACAAGUCUGGGAGAAGGCGGAUUGCAGGAAACUCGAACUUGAAGAAAUCGCAGGCAUACCCAACUGGGUUUGGGCGUGCCGUGGCAUGCCUAUACAAGGAGCACUCCCAUUUCUUGCGGGAGAAGGCCGCCCAGACAGAGCUGCGCGGCUUGGAGCUCCAUGCGGGCGGAGCCCCGCCGGGCGCCCCCGAUUGCUGCGGCGUGGCGGACUGCUUGCAUGCGUAUCGGCGGAUGACAGCCUGA